CAGUGGAAGGUUAUUGAACUGUGUUUGGCUCAUUGACUGUCUAGAUUUUUGUGGAAGCGGACUGGCCAAAGUCCAAGAUGCUGGCUUCCACAUCGCGAAACUCUCUUAAAAGAGUCUCCAGGAAGGCUGCUUUGUGGUCAUCCCAGUCCGAGUGCACUGGAGUACUACCCGUGACCUUUUCUCGAUGUCAGAGCACCCAACAGGUUGCAGCAAAGUCUGCUACACGUUCGAGCUCGUCUACAAUUCGGAAUAAACCAUGGUCCUUCGUUCCCGACCAAACUUUUCAGGGAACUGCGCGUGGUAGUGCCAUAGCACGCUACCAGUUCAGGUCUACAGGGAUCGCCAAUUCUAAGAAAACCGUAGAUGCUCUUAGAAUGUGCGGAGAAAUGAAGAAGGAGGGCGUAAAACCAGACAUCAUCGUCUACAAUAACUUGCUGGCAUGUCUUGCGGAAGAUUGUCAGACGCUAGAGGCUUGGGCUGUUGUUGAAGAUAUGAGUUCUAUGGGGAUUGCACCCGACCGAAACACUUUCCAUCACCUCAUACAUGCAUCACGUCGAAUGCAGUCAACAGCCAUGUGGGAUAUCCUCGAUAAGAUGGAUGCAGAAAAUAUCCCUCCGAACGAACAAACUUUCCAGUUGAUGAUCCAACGCUACACAACGGCGGAGAAAAGAAAUCUUGAAUUCGCACUGCAAUGUGUUUAUGAAAUGGGGACCCGGGGACUCGUCCUUGAGCUCACGAUCGCCCAAGAUGUGAUAAGAUUGGCGGCAGAACUCAGCUUUCCCCGACUCGCAGUCGACCUGGCAGAGAAUUUCGAAGCAACCUCCGUCCGGAGAUUAAGCAUGGAAACAUGGAUGAGAUGUCUAGCAUCAUCUGCUGAAAUUCUUUACGCUGAAGGUGUUCAACGAUGCUGGGAAAAGGUUGUAGGCGACCUUAAUGUCACUCCAGACGAAGGCCUCUGCCUCGAUGUUCUCCAUACUGCUGGACGUCACGGACUCUCUGACCUAGCAACAGAUGUCAUUCGUGUGCUCAGAAUUCUGGGUGCUGACUGGCAAGAGCACCACUUUGCGCCCCUCCUGGAAGCACUGUGUAAGGCCGGAAAGCUAAAAGAUGCCUUCGGUACCCUCGACUUGAUGCGAAGUAGUAACAUCUUCCCUACUGCGAUAACAGCCCGGCCGAUAUACGACUUCCUGAAGCAGGAUAUUGACAAGGUGGACGGCGCUUGGGAACUGCUUGACAAGCUGCGAAGUGAAGGGAAGACGAUCGACAGGACCGCCAUCAAUGCCAUCAUCCGCGCUGCCAUAUCACUUUCAGAUCUGCAGCGUGCCGUGGGCGCCUACAAGGCCUUUCCCGAUUACAAAUGCGUCCCUGACAUUGACACCUUCAACUCCCUCCUUUCUGGCUGUAUCGUUGCCAGUCACCGUGAACUCGGAGAUAGACUGCUCUUGGAACUGAAAGAGUUGGGCAUCAAGCCAGAUGCAACGACCUACGAGCGGAUCAUCAUCCUCUGCCUGACACAGGCCACAUAUGAAGACGCGUUCUUCUAUCUCGAGGAAAUGAAAGCGCAGAAGUUCGUACCGCCACGGAGCAUUUACGAUGCCAUCAUUCGUACUUGCGUCGCUGCUGGUGACUCGCGGUACACGCUAGCAUUGGACGAGCUGAAACAGUGUGGAUAUACUGUUUCGAAUAGCUUGCAGGAGUUCAUUGAUUCUGGAGGACGAGAGUCACGGCCAAGGUCAUAGUGUUCAUGUGUCAAGUUAUAUCCAUCAUCGAUAGGUAGCUUAGCUAUAUCUACAUAAUUUACCUCCUAAGAUAUGUGGGGUUUAGAAUUGAUGCUUGCACCUCUCUAUGGGCC